AUGCCAACAUAUCCAGGACUCGGCCGCUACCUGCACUGGUGCCCCGAAAGCGGCUCGCGGAUGCACACUGGGAUCAACUCCUAUCCUAUAGGGAUUGACAGUGACUCUAUGGGCGCCAACUCUGAAAUGCUGCUGGUCCGUGAGGUCGCCAUGAUGGUUGUCAUGGAGCUGCUCACCGACAAACCCGACUUCCAUGUCAAGAUCUUUGAUGACGAGAUUGUCAAAAAAUGGAAGUCCGAGGCCUUGGCGAUUCCAGAUACACAGCUGUAUCAACAGAUCGCCAACCACUUGGGCAGGCUUCCUCCAUUGCCCAAGGGCAUUCUAGACGAGGACUGCCUCAACUACUGCAUCCAUGAGCUCCGCGCCAAAGCCGAGUUCUUCAAGAAGACAGGCCUCGUCCCAACUAUGGACGCAUGCGCUUCAGCCUGUAAGUCCGAUACCAUUGUUGACGACUCACUGAAAGAGGAGCUCAGAGCUGCCUUUGUCAAACUUAAGGAGGAACAGGGCGAGAAUCCCGAUUGGCAUCCUCGCUCCCAUGAUCAGGUACAGGACCUGGUACACCCUUCCCUCUAUCCACUUGUCUAUGGGAAGACCCGGGUUUUCACCGAUGAAGUCGUCGGUGUCGAAGACGCCAUCGACAAGUGGGCUGGUAAGGGUGAAGUGAUUCCCGAGCCCACCCUUGAGAGGCCUCAAUCUCAACCAGAGUGGGAAUGGCGACAGGUUGAGCCCUCAUUCUGGUCAACUAAGUACCAGUGGCUGCCGGCGAACCUCCAGCGCCAGGCGGACGGCAGGUUCAAAUUCACAAGCUACAUCAAUAACCUGCACCCCACCAAGCACGCCGACAUAUACGCAACGAUUGAGAAAUUGGUGGAGAAGGCCCUCCCAGCCUGGGAUUUGUGCGUGACUCCAUAUGGACGUGCAAGCAGCAACGGCGGCCGGAAUAGCCUACGUAUCCCUGAGCCUGAAGACCCCAGCGACGAGAAUGAAGAAAAUUGGGAUCCGCCUUCAGCUGAUCAUAUUGACCUACCCCAAAAAGUCGACAGCGAGGGCGAAGAAGAGAGCGAAGAUGAAGACGAGUAUGGCCGAACACCCAAAGAAGCUGAAUGGCACAAAAUCCGCCGCCCAAUCCACCCAAGGCCUCCCCCAUUCCAAGCUUGGAAUUACGAGGUUGAUGUGGGCAACCGUUUAAGAGACACCUAUGACCGGCUUCAAGUCAUCGUGAAGAUGGCAUCCAUCGAGAUCGCGACAAAUCAAGUCGAGUUCCCUGCUGGAAACUGGCACGUGGAAGGCCAAAUGAACGAGCACAUUGUUGGAACGGCCCUAUAUUACCUCGACUCGGAAAAUGUCACAGCCAGCUACCUGGAUUUCCGCAUGCCCACUAGCUACGAACAAGACGACCUGCAGGGAAAAGUCGGCCAAGAUCAGUAUGAUUACGUGGAGCAGGUCUAUGGGACAGAUCUCAAGCAAACCACUGCCAUGCAAUACUACGGCAGGAUCGAGACAAAAGAGGGCCGGCUGCUCGCUUUCCCCAAUGUCUUCCACCAUCGGGUCUCGGACUUCGAGAGAGUUGAUGAGACCAAGCCGGGCCACCGACGGUUCAUCGCCCUCUGGCUGGUCGAUCCUGAAACCCGCAUCAUCAGCACUGCGAAUGUUCCUCCCCAGCAACAAAGUUGGUGGCUUGAGAACACCUUCCAACACGCGACCGAAGAGAAUGCGGGCGAUAUUCCUCAGGUCAUUGCAGAGCAUAUGAAGGAGAGGAUACCUGAUAACCAAAUUAUUGAGACAGCGGUCUCGGCUGGCAAGUCCCUUCCGGCGGAACUCACAAGUAUGAUUAAGCAGGAGCUUGAAGGCGAGCCUCUUUUGAUGACCCUAGAGGAAGCAAAGGAGCACCGCCUCAAAUUGAUGGACAUUCGCAGCCGGGCUCAUGACUCUGCAGAGCAAAGAUGGAACCGUAACGAGUACUUUUUCUGUGAGCACUAG